UUCUUAUAAAUUUAUUAUAGUCGAGAUGUUGAGAUCUCAUGAAAAUGAAAACCAGGAUAUGAAUCCGUGUAAAUUAUAUUUAAAAAAGUCGUGUCGUCUUUAUGACUGGGACUAAGGAAUUAUGGGUGAAUGUUUCAAAACAAAUCAUUUUGAGGUUUCUUAGCGCCAUCUUUUGGUGAUUGUACUUUUAUUUUAACACAGACAUCUAGUGACGGAUAGACAGACUAAAAUAAUCACUACCAUUUUACGUUUUACUGUAAAUAUAUAUAAGUCGUCACAGAAUUUAUUUUAAUAAUCAACCUUAAGAUAUUUUUGUCGGCUUGGUAUGUCUGCUACAAUUCAUUAAAAACAAGCGGCAAUCUAUUAUCUGGUAUUAUCUAGUGGGGCUAUUACCCGGCAGUUUCCUUUUAUAACCGCAUCGACAGUAGCGCCACUAUUUUCUUUAUAUUCAGGGUGUCUUUUCACGAAUACCUCAUUCUACUGUAAUUCGUCCUAGGGUGAACAUAUAGCCUAAGCGGUUCAGUGAAUGUGACAUUGAAGUGAAAGCCGCAGCUUACACAGUAAUACUUUGCUUAAUCCAAGAAAACUCAAGUUUGACCUAUAAAUUUCUACAGAAACCUGAAAUUUUCCUGAAAUAUAGGCAUUCAGUGAAAAAGAAAAUUAAAAUCAUUAUUGAUCGUAAAGUUAAUUUACGCGAACAUAUUUUGUUUCGUCUCAACGGAGGCAAUUUCUCUAAAAACGUUCCAACAAAAGAGUCACCGCCACCUUCGCCGAGAUGGCGUUCAUGAUGCCAGUAGUGAAGAACGAUUGGGACAUAUACAACUCUCAAAGGUCCCGUCGAGCCUCAGAAUCGGCGGAGAAGGCGGGGUUCAACGUGGGAGGCAGGGUGCGGAAAAUAUCGGAGUCACGGUCCGAAGGCCCGGCGUUGUCACCACGAUCGGCAGGGCUCAGUCCUCACCGCAGCGCUCCGGCGAUGCGCUCGUUGUCGUACUGUCGCGCGCCUCACUCGCGAGUCUCGCUGCGUGCGGCGCCAGACAGCCCCAGCAAGGGUUCGGGUAGUCCGCCGGGAGGAGCGCGCGAGGAGAAGUUCCACAGCAGGGCGCGCGCAGAGUCACCGGAGCGACACUCGCGGUGCGGAGCGUGCGUGCCCUACCUGUGACGGUGAACCGUCGCGCCAGCGCCGCCACACUAUCUGUGAUAUGUUCCCGAUAGUGAAUUCCGAGUUGAGUAGACCAUUGAAUGUGCUCACUAACCGCCUAUCGUGUUGUGAACUGGAAACCCUACCGUCUGAAUAAAUCAAUACGAUAGUUUCAGGAAUUUCCGUCACACUUCGGUUUGCUUGCUUUGAUUGCUGCAUGUCUGUCUUUAUCGUACCAGGUUUUCAGUAUUAGAUUGUAACAGGACUGUAUGUUGUAUGAAUUUUAAGACUGCGUUUAGUUUAGUUAGGCCUUUGACUUGAAGUUUUAUUGUGUGACAUCGUUUCGAAGGUCGUUUAGAGUUUAUGGCAGUUCGCGAGGGGUAUCUGUGAUUUGUUAUGCGUAAGUUUCGUUCAGUAAUUAUUUUACGUCGUAAAAAUAUAAAUUAUUUGUUGAAUAUAAUUAAAAAAAGAUGCAAAGAUUUGUUACCAAAAUUCACCAUUGAGCCAAGAAAUUUAGUAGCUGACUUAUGAAACAAAUGAUUGAGUUUGUAUGAAAUAGUGGUAGGUAUAUUUAUCUAAUACAUACUUACUAAAUAAGUGAAGUAUUAAGUAAUUUAUAAAUUAAUAUACAUGAAUAAACUGUCGAUAUUCCCGGUAGGCAUGAUUUAGAUUAAACAGGGUUCGGACUCGGUUCAGUGAAAACGGUUUGUUUGAUUUGUAUAAGUUUUUAAAUUAAUGUACAGGAACCAGCCUUGUUGAAGUUUAAAUCUGUCAGUUUAACUGAAAUAUUUAGUGAAAUAUUGUCUAAAUUUUUAUGGUGACAUCUGUGAGAUGCUGUAGGUUCGAUUCUUUUUAAAUAAGAAUAUUGUUUUCUAAAGUUCCUGAAUUUGGACUGCCAUAUAAUGUAAUUCUGUUACAUUUGUAUACUACAUGUCUACGUCUAGUGUUUGUACAUAAGUUUUUGGAUUCAUUUGUAAUACAACUGUCCCUAUUUUAUUAAUGUAAACGCAGCAUAGUUCACAAGAUCUGAUUGUAUGUACAUCGUAAUAAUAUUUAAUAAAUGGCUUAAAACUGA